CCGUGCUCGACUUCUUCUUGCUUCUGCAUAGUUGCUAUUUUUCUCACGCGCGCGGACCCGCAGGAGGAUCCAUCACACCGCGUUCCUCGGCGCAGCCGGAAACAGAGUCCAAGCCACAGCCCUCGCAAGCCCCCCGGCCGAUGUAGCAACAAACACACUUCAACCCGACCAGGCGCCUCUCUCACACAGCAACACCUGGACAGACCGCUCUCGCCAGCUAGGUGGUAGCACCACCACCACCACCACCACCACCACUACUACUACUACUACCACCACCACCACCAUCAAGGAACCACGGAAAGGAAGGGCAGACUACGAUAGCUGUUCUAAGUACGGCUAAGAGACACGAAAAGCGCCCAAAAAGAGAUGAUGCCACACUCCACGCCGGCCUCGGGCGACCAUUCUCGCUCCACGCCCGAGGUCCAGAAAUACCGGCCAAGGGCUUGUCAGUCUUGCGCGCGGUCCAAGAUGCGCUGCGUAUGGCCAUCUGAGCCGGGUGCCACGCCAUGCCAACGAUGCACCAAGAUCAAGGCGCCAUGUACUCUCCCAGAGAUCAAUCCACGAAGGAGGCGAGGGCCAUCUACCCGUGUUGGUCAGCUGGAGGAAAAGAUCGAUGGCAUCAUGUCAUUGCUCAAUGCAAGCCAGCAGAUCCAGCAGAACAGUCCCAGUCCGGGUGACCACAGUCCUCCCAGUAGUAGUGGACCGACUGCUCUAGGUCCAGAGCAGCAGCAGCAGCAACAACAACAACAACAACAUCGCAACAGUAUUCAUCAGCUGCUGAAUCAGGCUACUGACGAUUACAACACAUCAUCUCCUCACAGAGGAGUGGGGGACGAACUCGAUCCCUCCUUGACGCCCUCGUCAUCCAGUCAUCUUCACGUCAACGCCCGUCUUAUCCCUCCAGCGGGUCUGGUCCGUCCAGCCUCCAUCUCCACUGGGCCAGAUCGGAGCACCGGAGUGAACACCCCCAAUCAGUUCAUGGAUCGAGAUGCACGGCAGGCACCAGCGGGUGAGUACGUCGAGAUUGUUAAGGGUCUCCGCCUGUCUUACUUCGAGGCCGAGCGCUCUCUGAACCUAUACCGUACCGUCUACUGCCCAUACUUUCCAUUCGUGCCUAUCCCGGUUGUCUUAACCUCGCGUGAGCUGUACGACCAAUGCCCAUUCCUGUUCCGAACGAUUAUGGCCAUCACCACGCCACACCCUGCAGAUGUACAGGCAGAGUAUCGAGUCUGGUUUCGGGAGUACCUGGCCAUGUCUCUCGUGAUCGAUCUCGGGCUCAACCGAUGGCCGAUGGAUUUUGGCAAGGCCAACUUCAUGAUGCUGAAAGAUGCUAUCGUUUCUACGGGGAUCAAAGGCCCCUGGAAGAAGAAGCACACCGUGGAAGAGAUGAGAGCUGCUCUGGGGACAUUUUAUGUAAUGUCACUAUGCGCAUCACUAUUCCGACGGCAUCACCCCAUGUCGUACAGCUCCUACCUGCAAAAAUGCUGCGAGGUGAUUGCAGAAGCCCAGGAAUAUGAAACGGACAAGUUCCUCGUGGCCCUGAUCAAGAUUCACCAGCUUCUCAACCGUGCAGCCGACAUCAUCCCAUACAACGACGGCGAAUUGACUUCCCAGAUUCCGUACACACCGUCUCAUAUGGCGCUUACAGCGAUUCAGAAAGAGUUGGAGACGGUCAUACGCCAGCAGCCAGCCGAAGUAGAGAUGAAUGCUCUCCUGUGGACACACUACCACACCACCCUCUGUCGCCUCUACGAGCCCGUCAUCUACGUGCGCUCGACUUCUGUCGGCGGCUACGACCCGUCUGACAGCACCUCGCGGACGGCGGCACUAUGGCAGUGCCUCACCUCGGCACGGGACUUCUUCACGGCCUACCUGAGCAUCCCACCACAAAACUUGCCCUGCAUGCCCUUCCGCAACGCACACCUCUCCUUCUGUCUCGUAACCGCGGUCAGGCUGCUGUUUCUAGGCGACGAGAGCAUAGGUGGGGGCGUCGUCGACCACGGCUGGGACGCGGCCCUGGCCAGGCAAGCGAUCGACUUUGAGGGGAUCUGCACCAGGAUGAGCCAGCUCUUCGAGAACGCAGACACCAUCUCCAACGGCCUGGGCAGGCGCACUAUGUUAAUCCACUCCGACAGGAGCCUGCUGAGCAUGUACAGGGACAAGGUCCGCUGGAUGCGCGACUGGUAUGUCGCGCGCGUACGGCCAAAUCAGCAGCAGGAGCAGCAGCGCGGCGGUGGUGGUUCCGCCGCCGCCGCUGGUCCCGGAAUGUACCCCACCACCAAUAGGCUCAACGGGGGAGCAGCAGGUGGCGACAGUAUAGCAAAGGAGCCAGGAGCAGAUAGCUUGGGGUCCGGUGGCGCAGCCAGCACGAUAGCCGGUGGAAACAGCAGCAGCAGCAACAAUAGCAACAUCCCACUCCAUGGCCAGGCGAUGGAUGUCGACUAUUCUGUUACUGGUGGUGGUGGCACGUUCUCUGGUGACCUGGACGAUAAUUUCUGGCAGGUCAUGUUUGACUGGAACUGGGGUGCGCCGGUGGAUCUGAUGCAAGUUCCAGGUUGAGCGAGUUCCGGGACGUCACGAGGCUGGUUCGACUCCUGCCUGUCAGUUGUCAGCAUUUGGGGGCUGAUGGGUGGGACGGCAGAUCAUGGGUGUGUGGCGCCGUUCGCGGAUUAUUUUCCGA